CAACAACAAAAGCAGUUCGAACAAUCUAAUUUGCGACUCUAUCAAAUUCUCGUUCAGUCCCUCUCUCUCCAACCAAAGGUUGCAUUAACAACCUCUAACUCAGAGUUUCACUUUGAGCCUACAUUUGCUCUCGUUUUCGAUUCGUGGUACAAACGCUGGAAGGAGACAUUUGAGCAUGAGUUUAUUGAUAAAAGUGGCUCGUGGAAAUCCCUGCUCUUAAUCCAGAAAAGUGGAACCGUCGAGCACGAUCGUUUCGUUAACUUCAUUCUUCUUAAGCAACUCAAAGAUCUUGAUUUUGUGCACACAGUGGAACAAUUACGCGAGAUUUUCAGCAAUCAGCUUUCGAUUUUUAACUUCCGGUACAACUGUCUUAAGUUUGCGAAGCGUGAUGCGGACGAUUACGUCACAUACUGUGAACC